AUGUAUCUUCCUAGGGAACUCAUAUCGAAGUUAUAUCUGCAUCUGCAGGCCACUCGACACCCCCUCUCACCACCUGUUCUCGUGCUUGUAGCCCUCGAACCCGAUGCGCUCUGCGCCUGCCGAAUUCUCACGCGUCUCUUCAAACAUGACUAUAUCCCGCACAAGAUCCAGCCUGUGGCAGGCUAUGCCGACCUGGAGCGCAUUGGACAAGAGCUCGUCAGUCCCAUGAUGGAAACGAGGGGCGGUGCCGGUGGAGUGGUGGUAUGCUUGGGUGUUGGUGGUAUGGCUGAUCUGGGAAGUGCCUUGGGCUUGGAACCCGAAGGGGAAGAAAACACGUUUGGUGGUGUUGAGGUUUGGGUGGCCGAUUCUCAUAGGCCUUGGAACCUGUCCAAUGUCUUUGGUGGCUUUCCAUUAGAACCCGAGACGGAGGAUGCGACGACAUUUUCAGCCAGGACCCCGCGUGGGGUCAAGGCUGGCCAAAUCGAACAUAACUACAAGCCGGGCAAGGGAGGAAUCAUUGUCAUGGACGAUGGUGAUAUUGAGGAACACUUGGUCAAGGAGAAGGGCGCCUAUCUUGCUCUGCUGGACAUGCCGGAAAUUGAGGAUGACGGGGAGGAUCUUGGAGGAAGCAGUGACGAGGAAAGCGAGGUCGGCGAGCUACCAAGCUCAGCGGUGCCUCGAGCUGGUCAGAAGCGAAAAUCCUGGGACUUUGAGGACGACAGCGACGAGGAUGAUGAUGAUAGACCAAGGCAAAAACGGAGGAGUAAUUCCGUAUGUCUUUUCUACUCCCCCCGACGGCCAGCACAACGAGGACUCAUAUCACUCCGAGACGACGGGCCGGUCUUUAGCAGCGACCCAGCAGAUCCGCCCACCGCGGCCCAGCCGAUAAAAGGACCGUCCGCAAGGACACUUCGGCGAAGGCUGCUGCGGUUACGGCGCGAAAACGAGACGAUCCUCAGAGAUUACUACCGACUCGGUACCGCCUACUCGGAACCCAUCUCCUCCAUGAUGUACUCUCUGGCCUCAGAACUCGGUCGUGAAGACAACGACCUCCUCUGGCUCACCAUUGUCGGAGUCACCUCUAUGGAACUCUACGGCCGCUCCUCAGCCGGCAUCGCAGCCCCAGUCCGCACCGGCGAAGCCCGCCCAGCCUCUGGCUGGCUAGGCAUGCGCGGUGCCAGGAUACGACAGCUCCUGCGCGACGAAGUCCGUCGUCUGAACCCCCCAGAAAUUGGCCGGGGAGCCGUCCCGGAGAACAGUGGCAUCAUUCCCACCACGGCCCGAAGUCCAGACGACACCAGCAUCCGUCUGUCGCCCGAGCCGAAGUUCCUGUUGAUUCGUCACUGGAGCCUGUACGAUAGCAUGCUCCACUCGCCGUAUCUCUUCUCACGGCUGAAGACCUGGAGCGAGACUGGCUUGAAGCGUCUGCAUAAGCUCCUCGCCAAGAUGGGGGUCAGUCUGGUGCAGUGUAAGCAAUCGUACACUCACAUGGACAUGACGCUGAAGCGGGAGCUCCGGUCGAAGCUCCUCAAGUAUGCCUCCCUCUACAACCUCGACGAACUAGUCCCCACUAUCGAUACGGACGGGAAAGACCGCGGCGGCGCGAAGGACUCCUGGGGUUUCGUCAGGAGCUGGGGGUGGCGUGCCACGCUCUCGGCGCAAGACGUCGGUGUUGUCAUUGGCGCCCUUUUGGAAGUAGGUCAGAACAGCCCCGAGGCUUCUUCCAGCAACAAUGACGGUCCGUCGCAAGAUUUAAUGGAGAUGUCGACUGCCACGGCCCCCUCGGAGGAAUGGCUGCCACGUUUCUGGGCUGCUUACGACGCUCUCGAGGAUAUUGAGUCGCUGAAGGCUGGCUUGCCAACGGCCCAAUUCCUUCACAAAGCCAUCUUUACCACCGGGACGACGAUUCUCAAAAAGAAGCAAAUCUCGCACUUGCGCGCGUUUCGGAUGUGCGUGGUGAAGGACUCGCCGGAUAGCCAGCUGUUUAACCACCCGGGUGCGUUGACAAAACUGGCGUUGUGGAUUGGGGAGGCGCUGGCGGAGCAAGAAAAGGAUGCCACGGGGAGGCUGGCGUUGGGCGGCAGGGGAACGCCGCUUGUUGUGGCUAGUCUGGAUGAGAAGCGCGGGGUGUAUGUUGUUGUUGGGACGGGAGGGGGUGGUGGUCCGGAUACGAUUUUUUUGGAUAAGGAGGCGCAGAAGAAGAAGGUGAAGGAAAGGGAGGAGAAGGCUAGGGUUAGGGAAGAGGCGAGGAAGGUUAAGGAGAGGAUGAGGGAGGAGAAGAAGGCGGCGAAGAGGAGGGAGAGGGAGCAGAGGAGAAAGCAGGGGGGGGAAGAUGAAGAGGAGGAUGAUGAUGGGUCGGAGUUGGACAGUGAAGAGGAUGAUGAGGACAGUGAGGAUGAGGAUGAGGAUGAUGGUGAGGAUGAGGAGGAUGAGACGAGGGAGAGGGGGUAUGGGCUCAAUAGAUUUGGGACGGCGUUUCAGGAUGUAGUGGCUGAGACGAAUGCGAGGGUGAGGAUUGAUAGUUUUGAGCAUUGUGUGGUGGAGGUGAAGAAGGAGGAUUUGAGUGGGUUUUUGGAGAGUUUGAGUAUGAAGGCUGUGGUGGGUUAG